GAUUGAGAACCUACAAUUUUCACGGCCACUAUGAAAUCUACGGGAAGGCUAUGAAGAUUCUAAAGACAUACCGGCUUGAAGAAGAUGAUGAUGAAACACAAAAAGCAAAAUUUUCACCUUUGAUGGAGAGUCAAGCUCAAAGAGCGAGUGAAGAGUCAAAUCCUUAGGUGACAUUUAUGAGCACUCAAACUUUCAUAAAUCCCCCACUCCACACACUAAAGAAGAAAAGUAAAAUUUGUAGAGAUUUUAAUCGAACUGCUACGAUCAAAUUACUCGUGAAUCUUUGUUUUCCAAUCGCGGCGCCACAGUAGAAAUUCGGAAGCAGAGAAUGAUAGAUCACACUGAGAAGUUUCAGUUGAGAUUUCUAGGGUUUAUCUUCAAGUUUUCAAGUUUUGUAAAUUGCUUUGGAGAGGUCGAAGAAGAGAGAAACAUAGCCAUGUCGCUGAAAACAGAGGUGGACGAAGUUUCAAAAGAUUUGAUCGAUGAUGUUUGGUCAGAUGAUACUUCAUUACAGCUUGAAUCCACUACCAAGAUCAGAAGUAUUCUAUCACAGAGAGAUAUAACUUGUCCUUCUGAAAUUGUGAUACGAUCUGGAGUUGUACCGCGUCUCGUUCAGUUGCUUGAGAAGGAAGAUUUCCCUAAGCUUCAAUAUGAGGCAGCUUGGGCUCUAACAAACAUUGCUGCUGACAAUCCGAACGUGGUAGUUAAUAACCGCGCUGUUCCAAGAUUAAUCGAGCUUCUUGCUUCUCCUAAAGAUUAUGUUUGUGAGCAGGCUAUAUGGGCACUGAGUAAUGUUGCUGGUGAUUCGAUAUUUUACCGUGACUUUGUUCUUCAGUCUGGGGUAUUGAUGCCACUGUUGCGACUUUUGUACAAGGAUACUACGGUCAGAAUUGCUACUUGGACUUUGUGUAACUUGUGUCGUGGCAAGCCUGCGCCGGCUUUCGACCAGGUGAAACCUGCUCUCCCAGCACUUGAAAUACUUCUUCAUUCAAAUGAUGACGAAGUCUUGAAACAUGCUUGCUUAGCACUAUGUCAUCUCUCUGAUGGUUCAGAAGAUGGAAUCCAAAGUGUGAUUGAGGCUGGUUUUGUCCCAAAACUAGUUCAAAUUCUCCAACACCCUUCUCCAGUGGUACUUGUUCCUGCACUUCGUACCAUUGGGACUAUAGUUGCUGGAAACAAUCACCAGACCCAGUGUGUGAUCAAUUGUGGUGCUUUACCCAUUAUUUUCAACCUGCUUACGGGAAACUACGAGAACAACAUAAAGAAGCUUGCUUGCUGGGUGAUUUCAAACAUCACUGCAGGCACUACAGAACAAAUUCAUUCAGUUAUUGAUGCAAAUUUGAUUCCAACCUUGGUCAAUCUGGCUCAAAAUACUGACUUCUACAUGAAGAAAGAAGCUGUAUGGGCAAUUUUAAAUGUGACCUUAAAUGGUUCACAUGAUCAAAUCAAAUACAUGGUGAAGCAGAGUUGCAUAAUAAAACCUUUAUGUGAUAUUCUAGUAUGUUCAGAUCUAAGAACCAUCUUAAAGUGUCUGGAUGGAUUGGAAAACAUUUUAAAGGCCGGGGAGGCUAAAAAGAACAGAGGAGGCGUGAACAGUUAUUGUCAACUGAUUGAAGAUGCGGAAGGGCUAGAAAAGAUUAUGAAGCUGCAAAGGCACCAAAACGAUGAGAUCUACGAGAAGGCUUUUAAGAUUCUGGAGACAUACUGGCUUGAAGAGGAUGUUGAGAACAACAACCUCCAAUGUGAUGAUAUGGACUUUGAGUUGUGAGAGAGCCAAGUUCCAGUUCCUUAUGGAAGAUCCCAUGAAUACAAUCAUUUAUUAGGGUGAAAAAAAACCUCUGACAUGGAACCAAAAGCUUGCACCUUUGUUUCCUCAGGACUUUACUUGGUCUUCAAUUUAAUGUACAGAGUUGAUAUAAAAGGUUUGGCUCUACUAUUCUUGGAGUCUACUAAAUUGUUUUGUUUUUUCUGAAGUUUUGUGUUAAGCUCGUCGUUUCAUUGAUUUUUGUGUUUAUUUUAAGUUGAAAGGUUUAGUAAAAAGUUGCUCAAAUUCUUGAAAUCUCCUUGGCCAUU